ACAAACUUUGUGGACCCUUCUGAUGGCGGCGCACGUCAAACGUCGGGGUGAGCCCGGCCAAAAGAGCUUGUCGUCUGAGGGAACAUCCUCCACUACCGAAAGACAAACAUCCGGGGAUACCUCAGCGGUGCUGCUGAAGCUGUUAGCGGCAGGCUUUUACGGAGUCAGCUCGUUUCUCAUCGUCGUCGUGAACAAAAGCGUCCUCACCAACUACAGAUUCCCGUCAUCAACAUGCGUUGGAAUUGGCCAAAUGCUGGCUACGGUUGUAGUUCUGAGGAUUGGGAAGAUGUUGGGAGUUAUCUCAUUUCCAGAUUUGGAUUCGAGUAUUCCACGCAAGAUGUUCCCGCUGCCACUGUUGUAUGUCGGGAAUCAAAUAUCAGGACUGUUUGGGACCCAGCGCCUCAAUUUACCCAUGUUUACUGUGCUGAGGAGGUUCAGUAUUUUUCUUACCAUGGUGUUUGAGGGAUUCUUGCUAAAAAAGACCUUUUCUACCUCCAUUAAAAUGACGGUGUUCACCAUGAUCUUUGGUGCUUUCAUCGCGGCCAGCACCGACUUAGCUUUUGAUCUGGAAGGAUACGUAUUCAUAAUGCUGAAUAAUGUUCUGACAGCAGCCAGUGGGGCAUAUGUGAAGCAGAAGCUGGACUCCAAGGAGCUGGGCAAAUAUGGUCUUCUUUAUUACAAUGCUUUGAUAAUGAUUUUCCCCACUCUGGCGUACGCUUACUACUCAGGGGACUUACAAAUGGGGCUGGAGUAUAAUGGUUGGUCUGAUCACACGUUUGCUGUGCAGUUUGUGCUCUCCUGUGUCAUGGGAUUUAUUUUGAUGUACUCCAUCAUGCUGUGCACACAGUACAACUCCGCACUCACCACCUCCAUCAUUGGCUGUAUUAAGAAUAUCCUCGUGACAUACAUUGGAAUGGUGUUUGGAGGGGACUACAUAUUCACCUGGACUAACUUUAUAGGCCUGAACAUCAGCAUUGCUGGGAGCUUGGUGUACUCCUAUAUCACCUUCACACAGGAGCAAUCAAAAAAGGCAUAAACCGAAGAGUGAAACCCCUGGGACUGAAGAACUUCAGCAAAAUUUUGGCGUGUCGUCUUCUAUGUGGAAAUGUUUUUAUGAGUGGUGGCAAGCACAGAGAAAACUCGUGGAUGUAGUGAAAGAGGACACACAGAGGGUCGUUCAGCCAUGAGAGAGGACGAUCUGCUGUGGUGAUCCCUGAAAGGAGCAACCAAAAGACUAUAUGAACUUAAUUUUUAUAAUUGUUCAUUUUCAUUAAUUUCCAAAUUAAAAAAUAUCUAUUUUUCCAA